AUGGCUCCUCACGCCGCGCCCUCCCGCGAACAGCCGACCGCCAGCACCGACCUCGAAGCCGGCCGUGAGCUCAAGCUAGGCGAAUUCGCGGACGUUGAGACUCUGUCACUCUCAGAAGCGCGCAUUGUUCUGCAGCGCACACUCGAAAUGCGCCAGAAGCGCGGCGAGCCUUUUGAUGAGUCUGAUACCAUGGUGAAGACGCGCGACUACCUUGAGAUUUUCGCAGUCUUCAAGGAUCUUUCCGUCGCUGAGCAGGUCGAACAACUCAUCAACUCGCUUGGAAACGAUCUUGUCAAAUUCGAAAAGAGCCAGCUCAAGAGUCUACUUCCAACGUGUGCUGAUGAAGCCAAAGCCCUGAUCCCGAGUUUGGAGAAGAAGGUCGAGGAUGGCGUGCUGGAUGAGAUGCAGUUGGACGAGAUUUGCAAGGAAGUCCAGAGAUUAAAGAGACAGGCCGAGUUGUAG